AUGACAGAGCAAAACGAAAUGAUUUCAGCCCUGUCUCGAUCCCGCCCUAGAUACAUGCAGCCGGGCGACGUACCUGGCCGGGAGAAGUCCAAAAAGGAAGAAGGAAAAAAACAGAAACCUCCCCGUUCGCAAGGGUUUAAAAAUAAGCUUGCACAGCUCAUGGAGGAGUAUCCUGACCUUUUCCAUGUAUUCGUGAUAAUAAUCUUGUCCCUGGUCGCCACAGCCCUCACGUUUCCAUACAUUGAUACCUGCUUUGGGAUAUCUACCCAGGUCCAGGAGGGUGCAGUCACAGGAAGAGUUCAAACUAUUAUCACCCCCGUUGCUACACCGGUCAUAUGUGCGAAGACUCCGGUCGUGUCGACUUCUCCAGAGGGAGUACAGUACUUUGAAUCCCACUCUCGUGUUCCGCAAAAUAUGGACGACUUCAUCACGCAGCUCACCUGCGCCAAAGCCCAGGGCAUGAGUGAAUCAGACGAUGUCCAGGUCCAUGUUGUCGGCGACCACCAUAUGGUUGUCCGGCUACCCAACCGCCUUGUAUCAGUGAGAGACGGAAACAAGUUUGACAUCAAAGUGACUCGGGAGAACAACGGCCUCCCAUUUGACCUCUAUAAGCUGUUCGACGGCGUAUUUACCCUUCGACUUGCCCCCGAGGAUGCUUAUGGUCCCAUGAACAUUACCGUCUCUGCGCUGUCAAAGCCAAAGUUGACCAAGGUCACCGGCGUUGACUUUGGCACCCCAUGGCUGAAAAUUGCUAGCUGGAAGAGAGCUACCCAGUCUCUCUCCCAGACACUCCGUGGAGACCUGGCCGACGCCCAAACUGGACUCUCAAAAGUAUACAUCAAACUCACCUUUGACUUUAGGAGCAUGUAUGAUGCCUGGGGAAUGUACGCCAACAAAAUCUCUGGCGGAACAAGCAACCGCAUCAGCAGUACCUUUGACCGUGCUGUUAGCCGUGCAAAAACAUCCGUAGCCAGGUCCAAGGAGGCCUCAGGCCGGCUUUUCAGCAAGGUGAAGGAAUCCCUACGCCAAUCGUCUGACCAGCUAAAGGCAGAAGCAAAACUGAUGCAUCAAAAGGCCCAGAGAUCCGCUUCCUCCAUGAUGUCAGCCGCACAGGAGAGAGCACAGCAGCUUCGAGCUCCUGCCUUUAGUUUCGACUUGAAGGCCAAGUUCCGAGACCUCCGAAAAAACUUUGCGGCUUCCACUUGA